AUGGUGGCUGCCAUUGCAACCGAAGGUGCCGUGGUGACAUCGGCCGAAGACUCCACGGCAGCGCCAGACACGCCGAACUCCUCGGACGUCUCGGUGCCGAUCUCAGGUGCCAGUGCUCCUCGCAGGAUGAGUUCCGGACAGUCGGGCCGCAUGUGCCGAGUGAAGGAGGUGCAACGCGCGACCCUGGAGCGAAAGGAGGAAGUGAAGGAUUUGCAUGAGAAGGAGGGAGCCAGGAGCGUCCCGGUGUGUGGGCGCCAGGCCGCUGUGCUGGUGGCACGCCCUGUGGAGGCCGUGCCCAACGCGCGGGGUGCGACGGGAAAGUCCGAGCGACGAGGAUCAGGAGUCACCGCAUCGCUACGCAGCGGAGGCGGCCCCGCUCGGUCCAACCUGGCGAGAAGUCCGGGACCGGCUCGAAGUCCCACGCGGAGCCGGCCCAACAGCCCGGAGGGUCGCAGCGGAGCCACAGGCAUUAAGAGCCCUCCGCGCACACGGCGUAAAGAACAAGAGCUCCUAGAGCAGAAGGCGCUGCUGGAGCGUCGCAUCGGCGAGGCGCAACGCUCCCAGGUCCUCUUGCAGCGGAUGCUCGAUGAGGAGCUUCUGCUACGAGCGGAAUCGGAGGGACUUCCACGGCUCUUCGAUUCUCUCACACGGGAGCGGCGUAACGAGCUCAUUCUGCAGGUUCUGGAUGCUUUGCAAGGGGAGGAUGGUGCCAGGAUCGCGCAGACGCACAGGUAUACCGUUGGAAUCACUGCAUGUGCAAGGGCCAAACUGUGGCAAGACGCCCUGAAUUUAUUUGCAUGCAUGCCUGCGGCCAGAGUUGAACAGGAUGCUGUCAGCUUGUCGGCAGCAGUGAGCUCCUGUGAGAAGAGUAGUCAAUGGCAACAGGCUCUCCACUUGUUAGCCGAAAUGCCACUGUCCAGCGUGGACUUGACCGUUGCAUCGUUGAAUGGAGCCAUCAGUUCGUGCGCGAAGGGCUUUCAAUGGCAGCAGGCGUUGGUGUUGUUUCACACCAUGCCCAAGGUCCAGAUCCAACAAGAUGUCAUCAGUUGGAACGCUGCCCUGAGCUCCUGCGAGAAAUGCGGCCAAUGGCAGAUGGCACUCAGUUUGUUUCAAGCAAUGCGCCGUGCUCAAAUCCGCUUAGACAUCAUCAGCUUCAGUGCGAGCAUCAGUUCCUGCGAGAAAGGUCGUCGAUGGCAAGAGACCUUGAGUCUCUUCGAGACGAUGUCAAGUGAUUCACUUCAGCCAGAUGUCAUCAGCGUCAAUGCCGGAAUUAGCUCGUGUGAGAAGGCCAAGCGCUGGCAACAGGCCUUCGGCCUUUUAGUAUUUGCACAAAGGCUUCGGCUAUGGUUGAACUUGGUGAGCUACAAUGCUGCCAUCAGUGCAUGUGAGAAGUCGAACCGAUGGGAGCAGGCCUUCUCGUUAUUUCUGUCGAUGCCCUCCAAGCAGAUUUGCUGGGAUUCCAUCAGCUGGUGCUCGCUGCUCAGCUCUUGCGAGAAGGCGCAGCGCUGGUCUCCAGCGCUGUCCGCGCUGCGCUUCUUCCGGCGCUUGGAACCGCUCUCCGGCGGAAGGUCUUUGGCGGAUCUCCUGGGCUUCAACGCGGUGAUCAGCUGCUACGCCGCUGGGCGCGCCUGGUGUGGGCGGAAUCGGGAGGGGUGGAGUGGACCAGGACGAGCAUCCAUGGGACUGGAAGAUUUGGCAACCCCAGAGAACAUGGGUGUUCAGGUUCUGCGGAAAAAUCUGGUUGAAACGGCCAUGAAGAGAAGCUGUUUCCGGCUGUGUCCCUUCUUCAUCUUCUGUCCAUUCGACAGGAGCGAGGCCUUUUAA